AUGAAGGCGAUCAGGAACGACCUCUUGAGAUGGACUUGCGAGAGGCAUGCCGGCGAUCAUCCCCUCGACAGGCGUCUCCUACGUGACAAGGCCCUCGAAUUGGCUGGCGAGCACGGACUAACCGGCUUUAAGUGCUCCGAGAGCUGGCUGACAUGUUUCCUGAAGAGGUAUAGUUUCUUGGUGGACCUGGAUAAUCACUCCGGACCGAUCUUUAGCAACUACCGAGUCUGGAUCGACACGAUGCGGUCUGUCAUCACGCAGUACAAGCACAAGGACCUCUUCCAUCUGGACGAGUUAACGAUGUACUCGGAUAUCUCGCCCGCCAGGGUCUCGUCGACGUUAGAGAACGAUGAACUAGAUCCAACUCUGAAGAAAGCGACGGUCCUGAUGUGUUGUAACUCCUCCGGCACCGAGAAGCUGCCGCUAUUGAUCUGCGGUUCUUAUCCCGCCGUGAUAGUGAACGAGAGCUACGUGUACAGUCACAGCGAGGAUGCAUCGAUAAACGACACGCUCUUCAAGGAAUGGGUGAAUCAUGUAAACGAUCGUAUGUUGGAAAGCAACCGGAAGAUCCUCUUGCUGCUGCAUAGGGAUCGCGUGAACGCGUUUCGAGGUCUCGGAUUGAGCAACGUUAGACACGUCUUUUUUCCUGACGCCUUCCCGCCGUUACUGAGGCCUUUGAAGAGGGAUGUCUUCCAUUUUGUUAAAAUGAUCUAUAGGAGCAAAUACGUGGAAGGAAUCAAAGAACACGAGCAUCGAUGGAACGCUGAGAAUGUUGUGAAAAGCCUGGUGGAAGCAUGGCGGAAAGUUCCGCGCAAUCUCAUUAUUGCCAGUUUCCAGCGAACAAGUUUCCGGACGGACGAUUGCUUCCUGGAGAUCCAUUGCGACGCGUGGGAGGAUUUGAAGAUCGGGACAUCCUUCAAGAAAUUUGUUACGUUCGAUGAUAAACUUUCAACUAACGCAUCGUAUAAACAGCGUAAAUCUACUGGCAAAACUCAUGAGUACAAUCUCAGAACCAGGCAAAUCGUUACAGUAAUCGAUGAACAUUUUGACACAAUCCAUUCGAAGGAGAACGAGCGAAUCGAUGACCAUACUCAAGUGAACGGAAAUUUGAAAGAAAUUUACAUGAGAAAGAACAUUGAUUGGAAAAGGAAAGGCUCGCUGAAGAGGUCGUACGAGAAAGCUCAAUUGAGUGAAGACGGUUAUGAAGAGAUGAACAAUGUGAAGUCAAGCGACAAUUCAACAUCGAAGAAUAACGAAGAUAUUGUCACUGUUCCACCACCGGCGAAGCUUCCGAAGAUCAAUGACAUUCACGCGACCGAAAAUGCAUCUCAGGGUUCUAAAUCCGAGGAAAUUUAUUCGACACGAACGAUUGUGAAUGCUACAUUAACCACAUCGGGAAGAAAUGCGAGUUGCGAUUGUGAGCUCGAUAAAACGGUUAACAACGAGAAGAGAAAUAAGAAUAAUCAAACUUGCAGCAGCAAGCGAUCGAUCGAAUCUUCAUCGGAAGUCGACAUCACGAGUGACAGCGAUAUUGCGUUGCAACAAGUGUAUGAUACAUCUCCCGUUGAUACACAGAAGGAAACGAAUGCGAUGAUUUCCUAUUCCCCAGGAGAGGAGACCGAGUUGACCGAUUUGAAUAAAAGUGGCCGUCUUUCGCGAAAAUCUCUGAAGAGAAGACGAUCGCGUUCCGACAACACUGAAGAAUCUCGGAAUAAUUCUGAUAAUGAUGAACCCGAGAGAAAACGAUUGAGCUCUGAUUCUGAUUGGGCAAAGCAGUUUGAGACGACGUUCGUUUUCGGCUCGUCUGACUUUGCACGGUCUCUACCUACUGCUUUUGCUGAUGCACUGACAAUGAGUGAUGAUGGCGCGCAACGGCCCAGACUAAGACGAUCAUGCGAGACUGAGAGGAGUAUCUUCACCAUAUGUCCUAGAAGAGAUUAACAGUGGUGUCG